AUGGUUGACUUGUUCUUAGCCACACUAGGUCGCACUGAGCUUGUUAACCAUGAAAAUUGUGCUAUUGAUGAAGAUGGUUCAAAUGCUAAUGUUGAAGAUGGUUUUGGUGCUAAUGUGGAAGGUGGUGCUGGUGCUAGUGUUGAAGAUGGUGUCGACGCCGAUUUCAGAAAGAGGAUAUUGGAUGCAUUACAACCCCUGUAUCCAGAUUGUGGUGGUGAACAUACAAAACUGUCGACAGUGAUUGAGCUGCUUAGUUUGAAAGCAAGGUAUCAGUGUUCCAAUAUUUUUUUUACAGAAUUAUUAAAAUUUAUGAAAACUAUUUUACCGGAAGGGAACACGUUACCAUCUACAUGUGCUAAAGCUAAGGGUAUGCUCAAGCCAUUUAACUUGCCGGUCGAGAUUAUCCAUGAUUGCUCUAAUGAUUGCAUACUUUAUCGAAAGGAGUAUGUUGAUUAUGAAGAGUGUCCUAAAUGUCAGGCAAGUAGAUGGAAAGUACCUCCUGAAGGAAGUGAUCCAAAUGCUAGAAAAGUGACAGUGAAGAAACUAAGGUUUUUCCAAAUUACUGAAAGGUUACAGCGUUGGUAUGGUAAUCCAUGGAUUGCUGAGCAGAUGUACUAUCACUCUAAUGUUGAAGAAAGUAUUAUACACAUGCGACAUCCUGUGGAUUCUUCUUCUUGGAAGUCAAUUGAUAGGAAGUGGCCUGAGUUUGCUAUUGAGAAACGUAAUGUGCGUCUAGGACUAGCCACUGAUGCAUUACUUAUUCCUGGUCCAAGUGGUCCCAAUGGCAACAUUGAUGUUUAUUUGCAUCCCUUAAUUGAUGAGUUAAUUGAGUUAUGGUUAAAAGGAAAGCUAACGUAUGAUGCGCACAAAAAGACUUCCUUUACAAUGAAAGAAAUUUUAAUGUGGUGUAUACAUGACUAUCCGGCUUAUGCUUAUAUGUCUGGUCUGCGAACAUCUGGAAAAUUUGGUUGUCCGGCAUGUGGUAAAGAUACUGAGGCUCUGAGGCUGAAAUGGGGUAAUAAGUUUGCAUACAUGGGUCAUAGAAGAUUUUUAAGAGAUCGGUCUCACCCUUACAGACGUGAAACCGAAAAGUUCAAUGGAUUUAAGGAAGAUAGGGGUGCACCAAUUCGUUUGAGUGGCGUUGAAUUGUUUUAUAGGACAUCAACAACAAACAAGGAAUUCGGGAAGAUGGUAAAGCAGUUACAAGUUGAUUCUCCGUAUUCGAAGAGAUCAAUUCUAUACAAUCUUCCAUAUUGGAAGUUUCUGCAACUUCGUCAUAAUGUGGAUGUGAUGCAUGUAGAAAAGAACUUUGCAGAGAACAUGUUUGGGACUUUCAUGAACCACAAGGAUAAGUCUAAGGAUGGGGAUCCAGCGCGCAAGGAUUUGGAACUGCUGAACUUAAAACCUGACUUGUGGUUGAUGAAAACAAAGGGUAAAGUAGAACGCCCCCCAGCUCCUUAUUGCUUGCCUAAGAAUGAAAUAGAACUAGUCUGUAAAAGUUUUAGCAAACUGAAAGUUCCUAUUGGUUAUAGUGGAAACUGGAAAAAAAAAGUGGAUAUGAAAGAGUUACAAUUUAAGUGUUUGAAGUCCCACGACUACCACAUGCUUAUGCAAGGUUUGAUGCCAAUUUUCUAA